AUGUCCAAGUCUGUUUUGCGCCAAGCCAAGAUUACGCCGCACCGCUCCGGUGCCCGUGGCCACUCUGACCAUGGCUGGCUCAACACCUACCACAGCUUCUCCUUUGCGGACUGGUACAACCCCAAGUUUUCGCAUUUUGGUUCGCUCAGAGUCCUCAACGAGGACCGCGUCAAGGCCAACUCGGGCUUCCCCACGCACUCGCACCGCGACUUUGAGAUUUUCAGCUACAUCCUGUCCGGCGAGCUCACGCAUCGCGACUCGAUGAUUGCCAAGGGCAGCGAGGGCGGCCAGUCGGACAAGUUUUACCGCAUGCAUCGCGGAGACGUCCAGUACACGACUGGCGGUACCGGGAUCGCGCACAGCGAGUUCAACGAGCACAAGACGGACACUGUCCAUUUCCUGCAAAUCUGGGCCAUUCCCUGGAAGCAGGGCCUCACCCCUCGCUACCACACGCGCACGUUUGGCGAGGAGGACAAGAAAAAGGGCUUCGUCACCAUUCUCAGCCCGCUCAAGGGCGGCGUCGAUGCCACCGCGCAGCAAGAAAAGGACGCCGAGCCGACAAUUGCAGAGUCCAUCCCCAUACACGCCGACUUUGCCAUGGGCGCGGGCAUCAUUGCGCCGGAAAAGACGUUUGAAUGGGUCGUGGGCGCCAAGGCGACCGAGGCCAACAAGCGAAAAGUUUACGUACACCUGCCCAUGACGCAGAAUGGCAAGGCCAAGAUUCGCAUUGAUGGUCGCGAAGACGCCGAGCUCGUCGAGGGCGAUGGCGCCUUUGUCGAGAGUGUCAAUGCUGGCGACAAGCUUUCCAUUGAGAGCAUUGGCUCUGCGGCUGCCGAGGUUAUUGUGUUGGACACGGCAUAA